UUCCUCCUGGCUUCCGUAUCUUGGACGUACGUACCCAACUUACUGUAUGCGGCUCCGCUGGCCUCGACACCAUUUUUGCCUUGCAUGACCUCCGCCGCCGCGCCGCCAACAUCGCUGCACCGCCCGGCGGUGAGCGCCACACACGGAGCCAGAGCGUCCGUCGCGGCGUCGAGCAACAGGGUGCACCUUGGUAACCUCGAGCACCUCUUCCGAAGCCGCGGUGCCAUCGAGAGCAGUGGGACUGCCGCGGCGCCUGUGCAGCCGGCACGCAGGAGGCAGCAGGCACCGCUGCUGCGGCUGCCGUCCUUCUUCAAGCGGGCCAAGGGCGACUUCGCCGUGGCCAAGGAGGAGCAGGUGGACUUGUCGCCGCGCCUGUUCCAGCCGGUGCCGCCCGACGGGCCGUCGCCGCGUGGGGACAUCGCGGCGUCGUGGCGGCGGCUGCACGGCGAGGACGGCUGGCGCGGCCUGCUUGACCCGCUGCACCCGGACCUCCGCCGCGAGAUCGUCCGCUACGGGGAGUUCGUCGACGCCGCGUACGGCGCGUUCCUUUCCCAGCCCGACGCCACGCCGGGCGACCUCGCCGCCCCCGUGCACGUCCCGCUCCAGGACGCGGCCUACCGCGUCACGGCGCCACUAUUCGCAACCUCGUCCGUGGGCUUCCCGUCCUGGCUCGCGCUUGCCGCGCCGUGCGCCGCGCAGCGCACGAGCCUCGUCGGGUACGUGGCCGUGUGUGACAGCCCCGACGAGGUCCGACGUAUGGGCCGGCGCGACAUAGUCAUCGCACUCCGUGGGACCUGCACGGUCCUUGAGUGGGCUGAGAACUUCCGCGCCGGUCUCGUCCCGGCCACCGAAGCGGUUGACGCCGCAGCUUCGGCGGUCUCCGCCUCCGACGCAAAGGUGGAGUGCGGGUUCCGGAACCUUUACAAGACAGCCGGCGACGGUUCGCCGAGCUUGUCAGAGAUGGUCGUCACCGAAGUGCGCAGACUACUGAAAAAGUACGAGGGAGAGGAGGUGAGCAUCACGGUGACGGGUCACAGCCUGGGGGCGGCGCUGGCGGUGCUGAUCGCCGACGAGCUCGCGGGCCACGGCGACGCGCCGAAGCAAGUGACGGUGUUUUCGUUCGGGGGACCGAGGGUGGGGAACCGCGCGUUCGCGGAGCGCGUGGAGGCCCGGGGCGCGCGCGUGCUCCGCGUGGUGAACGCGCACGACGUCGUGCCGCACCUCCCGCCGCGGCCCGGCGGCCGGUGGUACGCUGAUAUCGGCCGCGAGCUCCGCCUUGACAGCCGCGCAUCCCCGUACCUCCGUCCCGAUGCCGACGCCGCCUGCUGCCACGACCUGGAAGCGUACAUCCACCUCGUCGACGGCUUCCUCAGCUCGCACUGCCCCUUCCGCGCCAACGCCAAGCGCAGCAUUCUGCGGCUGCUCAAGAACCAGGGUGGCAACGUCAAGCAGCUCUACAUCAGCAAGGCCAUGGACAUGCGCGCCCGGCUCGACGCCGGUGGCGCCGUUGACAUGCCUGGCUCGCCGCUCAGUCGUCUCGUUGCGCCGAGCACCGUGCUUGAGUGCGUGCACUGAGGACGACGACGGACCGGCGGGAAAUGUCGGCGGCACCGUGUUUGGUCUCUUGUUCAGGGCGGACACAGAAUUGGUGUGCACGUCAAAGUCACAAGAAGACUUGUGCAGCUCAAGAUUUGUUGAUUUAUUGGUAUUUAUGUACAAAAACAGUGGUGUUGCCUACGUGUGAAAGGGCGAUCCAUCGGAGAUCCCGCUGUCAGCGAAUGGAUAAUACUACUACGUCCAGAUACAUUGAUUUCAUCGUCGAGUAAUUCUGGACAGAGGUAGUAUGUUCAUGUAAACCUGUCAAUACAGAUGUUUGUGAUAAAGCAUUGGUACUUGUCCUAUAUGAUAAUUGUGUAAGAAAUUGUCGGUUCCACUAUUUGUAUGAUACCUCAAAUCUCAUU